UCAUGACAGCCUUCGAGUUUGUGCCAAGUGGCACGGAAGCUAUGGACAAAAGCAACAACGAUUACAGUCUACAAUUGACUCGUUGGUUCCUGAUCCCAAUCGGUAUUUGGCCACGAGCGAACACGGCGACGAGAGUGGAGAAGUUUACGUCGCGCGCGCUUAUUCUCAUCUGCUCCUCUUUAAUAGCGAUUAUCGCAGUGCCGUGCUUGUUGUACGUGUCCUUGGAGGAAAAAAAUGUUCAACUAAAAAUCAGCACUCUUGGCCCGCUGAACCAUUGGUUCAUGGGCAUGAUUAAUUAUUGGUUGUUGGUCGCGCAUAGUGACAACAUCCGGAAAUGUGUGCGGCACAUGGAGACAGACUGGAGGCUCGUGCAACAGAAUGAAGAUCGAGAGGUGAUGAUGCGACACGCUAAAAUUGGUCGUUUCGUCUCCGGAUUUUGCGCUGUAUUCAUGCAAAGUGGCACGUUCCUCUUUGACAUAGGCAAGGCACUGACAACUACAAUUGUCGUCGUCGGCAAUGAGACUAUCUCAAUGCAUCCCAUGACAUGUCCAAUUUAUAAAAAAUUUAUCGACGUGAGAUUUAGUCCAGCGAAUGAGAUCAUGAUAGUUGUCCAACUUGUGUCGGGUUUUGUGGUAAAUAUGGUCAUAAUAGGUGCUUGCAGCCUUGAUGCGGUCUUUGCUAUGCACGCAUACGGUCAGCUGGACAUGCUGUUCACGUGGUUGAACAAACUCGUCGUGGAUAACAAUAAGGGAAACCAAUCGGCCGGACAGAGGCUGGCCAUUAUUGUGGAGCAUCAUUUAAGAGUAUUGAAUUUUAUAUCGCAUAUGGAGAAUAUUAUGCAUCAUAUCUGUCUUGUGGAAUUAUUGGGAUGUACGAUGAAUAUGUGUUUACUUGCAUAUUAUUUUAUUACGAAUUGGGAUUCAUUUGACCGACCAAAAACAAUGUCAUACGUCAUUAUUUAUCUAUCUAUGGCUUUUAAUAUUUUUAUAUUUUGUUAUAUCGGCGAGAUUCUCACGGAACAGUGUAAGAAUGUUGGUGAAAAAGCAUAUAUGAUUAACUGGUAUGAAUUACCGCACAAAACUGCUCUUGAGCUCAUUUUGAUAAUUGCACGAUCGAAUAGCGUUAUCAAGAUAACCGCUGGAAAAUUGUUUCAAUUAUCUAUCGCAACUUUUGGUGAUGUAAGUAAUGCAUACAUUGCACUCAUGAUAAACUGUAUUAAUAAACAAUUAAUACAUGCCGUUUUUACUUUACAUUCUAAAUUGUUACAAUACCUCUAUACAACUCCACUUCUUUCACUUUGUUCACUGCUUUAUAUUUGUUACUUCUUUACGUUUAUGCACUCAUUUCAAAUUAUGUAAAAAGUUUGUAAAAUAUGAUUAAUCUAUAUUAUUAAUUUAUAUCAUAAAUAAGAAGGAAGAAGCAUUGUUUUUUCAGGUAAUUAAAACUUCCAUGGUAUAUUUGAAUAUGUUGCGAACGAUGGCACCUUCCGUGUGAAUAUUAACUUUAGCAAAGAAGCACAAGUAUAUAUAUUUUAUAUAGAAUUGA